GACUUGACUAACUUUAUUUGUAAAUAUAAACUUGCCACCUGGACUACAGAUUACAGUUUUUAUCUCUUAUUCCCCUCUUAUUACAUUAGAUCACUAGCAAGAACAGUUCAACAUUGCUCAAAAAUGAACCUGAUACUAACAGAAUCAGCAGCCUUAUCCACAUCAGCACGGCUCUCCUUCAUACCGAUAUCCACAUUUUUGUUAUAUUUUUUCAGUAAAUAUACAAAUGCUCUAGCGUUAUUCAAUAAUAGCUGGCUGCAAUCCUUAUUUAUCGGCUUCAUGUACAUAUGUACGAUUGGAUCGGUGGUAUUGCUGGCAAAUCUAUGGAAGGACAUUAAAAUUGCUUGUCAAUUUAUGUACUCAUGUUUUUUAAAAAAACUGGGGGAUUGCGGAAAUAGUCCGCAGGACCGGUUGGAAGCAUUCUAUCAAGAUCAAGCUCUUAUUUACGAUGAAUCUCGUGAAGCGUUACUUAAAGGCAGAAAAACAAUGCUUAAACUAUGUGCUGCUCAACUCAAAGAACAAAUAUCCACAGGAACUAUGAACAAAAGGCCAAUAUGGGUAGAUUUGGGUGGCGGAACUGGCUGGAACAUUGAAACUAUGCAUAGUAUGUUUUCUAUUGACGAAUUUGAAAAGGUGAUUCUUGUAGACUUGACUCCAUCACUUUGUGAAGUGGCACGUAAGCGAUUCUCAAAAAGAGGUUGGAAAAAUGUUAUUGUUGUUUGUCAAGAUGCAUCUACUUUUGAAAUGCCAGGUUGCGAAAAUGUUUUAGAUGGACAGGUGGGGUUGGUUACCUUAUCUUAUUCGCUUUCGAUGAUGGAUCAUUUUUACCCAAUUGUCGAUCGAAUUCAAUCUCUUCUUUUACCAGAAGGUCUUCUUGGGGUAGUUGACUUUUAUGUCUCUGGAAGGUCAAAAGCGCCUGCUACGCACUGGUUUCCACAGCUGGGUAGACAGUGCAAUUGGUUUACACGGCAUUUUUGGCAAGGUUGGUUUGAAUUAGAUCAUAUACACCUUGAACCUGGUCGACGUGAUUAUCUGGAAUACAAAUUUGCAUCCAUAAAGUCUUUAAAUUACCGGAACCACUUUAUCAUUCCAUUUUUGAUACAAAUCCCCUAUUACAUAUGGCUUGGUCGCUCUCACGCUCAACAACAAAAUGGAUCCUGUAGACUUUCGGAACUUGCUGAUGAUUCGGAUAGUGUAACGAGUGAACAAAGUAACCAAACGUUGGUCAACGGUUCACAAAACAGUAAUAAUACAGUGAUGUGCAAACAGUCAUUAUCGCGGCCUCAGUUAUCAUUUCAGAACAAAGCUUGGCGUAUUGAUUAUGAUCCCGAAUUAUCCUGCAAUAAACAGUUCAGAUCUUAUAUCUAUGCUUUUACAUGGGAAGAUCCGCGCGUUGAUCUCCAGUAUUUAAACUUGUCUAAAGAUGAUACUCUCUUCCUUAUAACCUCUGCCGGUGAUAACGCGCUGGAAUAUGCGAUCCACUCACAACCAAAGAGAAUUCACUGCGUCGAUAUGAACCCUUGCCAGAAUCAUUUAUUGGAGCUCAAACUUGCUGCAAUUAGCUCUUUAGACUUCAGUGACUUUUGGAAAAUGUUUGGUGAAGGCUGUCAUUCACAGUUUUCGCGAUUGUUACAUGAUAAACUUUCGCCACACUUAAGCUCAUAUGCCUAUGCUUAUUGGAAUGAGCAUAGCAAUAAAUUCAAUCGUAAAUUCUAUAAAACGGGAUAUUCAGGAUUGGCUCUGACUAUUGUCGAAUGGUGGAUUCGUAUAAAAGGCAUCCGCGAUGAUAUUGAUAAACUGAUAAAUUCUACCAACAAUAAAGAGCAAGCAGAUAUUUGGAUGCAGAGAAUCCGGCCACAUAUUUUCACAACUUUUAUACAAAAGAUUAUAAACAAUCCAAUAUUUAUGUGGAAUGCACUUGGCGUCCCCAUUAAUCAGAUGAAAAUGUUUUUGAAAGAAUGCACAGCUCAAGAAUAUAUUGAGAGCACGCUGGACCCCAUCUUACAAUCUACAUCUCUCAAAACUGAUAACUAUUUUUAUUACCUUUGUCUAAAUCAGCGAUACAACCAAGAUUGUUGUCCAAGCUAUCUCACAGAGACGGGUUUUAAAACAUUAAAGACUUCUGGAGCUUUGGAUGCAUUCCGCUUGCAUACAUCAUCGAUUCUCAGUGCACUGAAAACUCUUCCGGAGAAUUACCUUACACAGAUUGUUGUUAUGGACCAUAUGGAUUGGUUCAACCCUGAAUCAUGUAUCGAAUUGGAUCAGGAAAUAUCGGAAAUGAUGCGAGUACUUCAAAAUAAUGGCAAAGUCUAUUGGAGAAGUGCAAGUACACAACCAUGGUAUAAUGAAACAUUUGUCAAGCAUGGAUUUGUCAAUAUUGAGCCUUUAAACGUCAGGAAACCAGGACAAUGCAUAGAUAGAGUAAAUAUGUAUGCUAGCUUUUACAGAGCUACUAAACCAUAAGCCUAACUUCACAUAAACGGUUUAUCAAGCAUUUUUAAGCUAUAAAUCUUCAGUCUGUGCUAAUUAAGUCUCUUGCUAAUGUUUUUUAUUGAUAUGAAGAAUCGGUUAAGGGUUAU